CUUGCUCUCUCGUCUGUCCCCUUGUUUGCUCCAAAGGUUUAUUCUCUUCAUCUUUCUCUGAAUCCUUUCGAGCUCCAGUUAUGAGAACAAGAAGAAGCUUCAGCUGAAUCGCGCAGCUGCGGAAGUCUUCGCUUUUCACACGUUUGCUCGAGGGGAUCUGAAGGAAGCUAUCCCGCCUCUGUGAAGGUAGAAGUUCGAGGUUUUUGCUGAAGGGUCUGGAUCCAUGACGGAUUUAUGAAGAGUUAGGAAUUUGGUUGUGUGGAAAUGUGGAUUUUGUUGUAAUUGGACAAAGUGAUUAGAUUUUUGAGAAACAAGCUUUGAGAUUUUCUGUUGUUGUUUGAUCUGAAAUGGACGACAACGGAGAAGAAAGGUAUCCUGUAUCGAAACGUUACAGUGGAAAUCAUCGGGAAAGUUAUGGUUCUCUACCUCGUCCAAAGAUUCCUCGCCAGGAUGCAUCUUAUUCAAGGCCAGUCAGCAAUCAAUAUGUAGAUGAUGAUGUUGAAGACGACGAUGAAGAGGAUGAAGCACUAGGGGAGGAAGAGGAUGAAAACGAUCAGAACAAUGGUUUCACUCACACAAGUGAAGAAGUAGAUGAUGGUGACGAUGAAGAUGAAUUUGAUAUGGAUGAAGACAACAAGCAGAACAAUACUGUAAAAUUAGAUGAUCCUGAAUUGGAAAGACACCCCAAAAAGCGCCGACUGAAGAAUUUGGUAUCUGGUUAUGAACUUGCUCCUAGAAUGCCCGCACCAUCAUCUGCUACACCUUCAGGACAAAAAUCAUAUGUUGGGGGCAGAAAUUCACUGACAGAUUGGAAUGAACAUGAAACAGUUGUGCUUCUAGAUGCUUGGGGUGAACGGUUUCUACAACGUGGGAGGAAAAGUCUCCGAUCUGAGGAAUGGCAAGAGGUUGCUGAGAAGGUGUCGGAGGUUUCUAAGAUCGAUAGGACUGACACACAGUGCCGAAACCGCCUUGAUACAUUGAAAAAGAAGUAUAAGAAAGAAAAAUCAAAGUCAACCGAAAUGGGUGGUUCUUCCAGCAAAUGGGUUUACUUUAAGAAGAUGGACAUGUUAAUGGCUUCGCCCCCACACCAAGGUGGCCUAUCAUGUGGUUUAGACUCGGGAGAGUAUGUGUUCAUGAACCCUAGAGCUUAUCUAAACCGUGCAAAUGGGUUCGACGAGAUGAGAGAUAGUCCUGAAAAUUCAGAAUCUGAUGAUGGUGAAGAGGAUGAACUGGAUGGGCUUCCACCCAAGAAAAGAAUGUGUGGGAGGAACAGUGAGGACGACGGCUCUUCAUUCAGGUUGCUGGCUGACUCAAUUCACAAGUUCAGCGAAAUUUAUGAGAAAAUAGAGAGCAGCAAAAGACAGCAAAUGAUGGAGUUAGAAAAGAUGAGGAUGGAUUUCUUGAGAGAUUUAGAGUUGCAGAAAAGGCAGAUCAUGGAGAGAGCUCAGGCCGAGAUUGCGAAACUUAGGCAGGGCGACGAUGAGGAGUACGGCGCCUCCGCCAAGAGUGCCAGUGGAUGAUGUAUCUUAAUCAGCAAUCGUGCAGCGGUCUCUACUAUUUAUUAGUAUGUUGUUGAUCACUCACUGUCUGUAUAAUAUUUGGGAGGCCCUUCCCCUAUUGAUUUCUAAUCAGUGCAGUAUAGAUGGAGGCGUUCUUAAUUUUGACAACAGUAAUAACAGAAUUACAGGAUUAUAAUUCACCUAAACCCUACCUUUUGGGGCAGAAUUUUUUGUUCAGAUUCAA